AUUCCCUUCAAGCUCAGCUAAUCAAUAUGGGUGUUAUCCCAACCUUAGUGAAAUUACUGGGCAUCCACUGCCACAAUGCAGCUCUUACAGAAAUGUGUCUUGUCGCAUUUGGGAAUUUAGCAGAACUCGAGUCGAGUAAAGAACAGUUUGCUAGUACAAACAUUGCUGAAGAGCUGGUAAAACUAUUCAAGAAACAAAUAGAACACGAUAAAAGAGAAAUGAUUUUUGAAGUUCUAGCUCCAUUGGCAGAAAAUGAUGCUAUUAAACUGCAGCUGGUGGAAGCAGGUUUGGUAGAGUGUCUGCUAGAGAUUGUUCAGCAGACGGUGGAUAGUGACAAAGAGGAUGAUGCUGCCGAGCUUAAAACUGCCUCAGAUCUGAUGGUUUUAUUACUUCUUGGAGAUGAAUCCAUGCAGAAGCUUUUUGAAGGAGGAAAGGGCAGUGUGUUCCAAAGGGUGCUUUCUUGGAUUCCAUCGAAUAACCACCAGCUGCAGCUUGCUGGGGCAUUAGCAAUUGCGAAUUUUGCCAGGAAUGAUGGGAAUUGUAUUCACAUGGUAGACAGUGGGAUUGUAGAAAAGCUCAUGGACUUGCUCGACAGACACGUCGAGGACGGGAACGUGACUGUGCAGCACGCAGCACUCAGUGCCCUCAGGAAUCUUGCCAUUCCAGUUGUAAAUAAAGCAAAGAUGUUAUCAGCUGGGGUCACAGAGACAGUUUUGAAAUUCCUUAAAUCUGAAAUGCCCCCAGUCCAGUUCAAACUCCUGGGAACACUAAGAAUGUUAAUAGAUGCACAAGCAGAAGCUGCUGAACAACUGGGAAAAAAUGCUAAAUUGGUGGAGCGUUUGGUUGAGUGGUGCGAAGCCAAAGAUCAUGCUGGUGUGAUGGGAGAGUCAAACAGACUGCUCUCUGCCCUCAUACGACACAGUAAAUCAAAAGAUGUAAUUAAAACCAUUGUGCAGGGUGGUGGCAUUAAGCAUCUAGUUACCAUGGCAACUAGUGAACAUGUAAUAAUGCAGAAUGAAGCUCUUGUUGCUUUGGCACUAAUAGCAGCUUUGGAAUUGGGUUCCGCCGAGAAAGACCUUGAAAGUGCUAAGCUUGUACAGACUCUACACCGACUGCUGGCAGAUGAGAGAAGUGCCCCAGAAAUCAAAUAUAACUCUAUGGUCCUCAUCUGUGCUCUCAUGGGAUCUGAAUCUCUCUACAAGGAAGUGCAGGAUUUGGCCUUUCUAGAUGUUGUAUCCAAACUUCGAAGUCAUGAGAACAAAAGUGUUGCCCAACAGGCCUCUCUCACAGAGCAGAGACUUACAGUGGAAAGCUGAGAACUGCCGCUCCCAGCACAAGGCAUCACCCCAGCUGACCACCCAAUGUUCUCCAUCCAGCUGCUUCCUCGGCUCCAUCCUCUUGUGCAUGCGUGUAAUGUUCCAGUACCAACCGAAGAACUCUAUAGGUACCUGCCUAAUAAGAUCUCUCCACCCAUAGUUGAUGUGAACACAACUGUCCAAACAAGUCUCCACCCAUAACUGUUAUCCUGUAUCCCUGGCGCUCGAGCUACAUUAAGUAGAAUGUGCAUGUUGUAGCCCUAUGAUGAUGUAAACUUGGUACUACAUGCUGACUUGCUCUUCACCUGCAGUAAGCUCCAUAACAAUGUACUGGUAAAUUAGAAACAAAGAAUGCAGCAGGAUCUGUCUAGCUUAUUUAAAGAUGAAACUGAACAGUAAAAGUAGCACCAUAUUUUUGGGUGCUUAGGAAGCACAGUGAUAAAAAGCCGUAUGGCUGCUCACUCAUUAGUCUUCUACUAAUGUCAGGCCCAUUGUGCCUAGAGUUGAAUAGAUUCAAUACUCACUCUUUCCCUAUGGUUUCUCCUUUUUCUGAACUGUUUAGGCAAUUUGCCAAACAACAUGGCAAGACUUCAUUAGGCUUCUCAUUCCAUCUUUAACUGAGAGCAGUACAGAGGCCCAUUGCUGAGCUGUUUUCAGUGUGAUCAGAACAAAGGGGUUAAAGAAACCCUAGCAUGCUGGACCAUGUUGGAUCAUGCCCAUAUUUUACAUUCUGAUUUGUGUGUGGUUACAUCUAGAACUUCCAUCAGUUAACUAGCAAUUGUCCAACACGGGUCGCUAAAACUUACUUGCCAUAUGUUUCAACCAAGGAAAAUUGAGUACAGCUUGUUUGGUGGAGAAUGGAUUUUUUUUUUCUAUCUCUCUCCAUUUUUUCAUCUUUCAGGCUGAAAGUAAGGAGUUUCAUCUUUCAUACUCCUUUUAUAUAUUGUGCUACUCUAGAUGGAUAUAAGAGGAAACAUGAAGAUGUAAGCUUGUCUACAUUAAAGAAAGGAAGGCCAGUUUUAAAAGCCAUAGUAGCCAGUCCGGUACAUUUUGCAGAUGGCCUCAUAGCAGUCAUUGUUAAGAGUCUCUCACCUCCACUUGCCCACUGAGAACCACAGUAAUCUCACAGACUGCAAGCCAGGACUCGAUGUUAGAAACCUUCUUGGCAAAAUGUAGUGUGCUCGUCACUGCCACUAACCACUACCAAGUGAGUUUUCAGAGCUUUGACACACAAUCUUUGUAAAUUAAUCAGGACUCCCUGUGACCUACCUUCUAGCACCCAAGUUUGAUCCCUGCUAAUAUAUAUGGGAAGGUAGGCUCCUUUACAAGGCUGGAGGGCAGUGAGAGGGGCUGCUGAACAGGGGACCAGCUCCUUCCUCCCCAACAGGAGAUAUAGGUAUCUCUGCAUUAUCUAAAUCGGACUUUGGUUUUCACAAUUUUAAAUUCAACAAAGAUUUACUUAAAGUAAGUACAAACCUGACUAGCAAUUCCCACUGAUGGCCAAAUAAGGGAACGAUUGUGACUGCUUGUGCUACACUUAUUGUAGGAAUGAGCUCUUUAAAGUCUUUCUCCUGGGCUGGAUAAGUGGACUAAUGUUGCAUAAUUCUGUCCAUAUUAAUAACUUAACAAAUAAAUAGCAUAUGAAAUUACA